ACCAUGUCCCUGUCAGUGCGCACAAGCGGGCUGUCCCGGCGCCUCUCUUUCCAGAGUGGGACGGCAGGCAGAGCUAAGGGCAUGUCUACUUCCAACAUUGGAAGUAUCUAUGGGGCAAAUGCCUUCAGCUUUGGAGGCAGCGGAGGGGGAGGCUUUUCUGCUGCAUCCAUGUUUGGCUCUAGCCCUGGCUUUGGUGGUGGUUCUGUAAGUUCCUUUGCAGCAGGCCUGGGCGCUGGGUAUGGAGGAUCCCUGGGCGCUGGGUAUGGAGGAUCCCUGGGCGCUGGCUUUGGGGGCAACUCAGGUGGUGGCUCCUUAGCAUUUCUCUCUGGCAAUGAUGGAGGCCUUUUUUCUGGAUCGGAAAAGGAAACCAUGCAAAAUCUUAAUGACAGAUUGGCUUCCUAUCUGGAUAAAGUCCGAGCCCUCGAAGAGGCUAAUACUGAUCUAGAAAAUAAAAUUCGAGAAUGGUAUGAAACACGAGGGUCUGGGACUGGAGAUCCUGGGUCACGGAGUGGUUAUAAUAAAUAUUAUACAGUGAUUGAAGACCUCAGGAAUAAGAUCAUUUCUGCCAACAUUGGAAAUGCCCAGCUCAUCUUGCAGAUUGACAAUGCGAGGCUGGCUGCCGAUGACUUCAGAAUGAAGUAUGAGAACGAGCUGGCCUUGCGCAUGAGCGUGGAGGCUGACAUCAACGGCCUGCGCAGAGUGCUUGACGAGCUGACCCUGACCAGAUCUGACCUGGAGAUGCAGAUGGAGAACCUGAAUGAAGAGUUGGCCUACAUGAGGAAGAACCAUGAGGAGGAGCUCCAAAACUUCCGGGAGGGAGGCCCAGGCCAGGUGAGCGUAGAAAUGGAUGCCACCCCUGGAGUGGACCUCACCAGGCUCCUCAACGACAUGCGAGCGCAGUAUGAGACCAUUGCCGAGCAGAACCGGAAGGAUGUCGAAGCUUGGUUCCUUGAAAAGAGUGGGGAGCUCGGGAAGGAGAUCAGCACAAACAAAGAGGAACUGCAGUCCAGCAAGAGCGAGGUCACCGAGCUGAAGCGCGUGUUCCAAAACCUCGAGAUAGAGCUCCAGUCUCAGCUCGCCAUGAAGAAAUCGCUUGAGGACUCCUUGGCCGAAACCGAGGGCGACUACUGUGGCCAGCUGUCCCAGGUGCAGCAGCUCAUCGGGUGCCUGGAGGAGCAGCUGCUGCAGGUGCGUGGGGACACCGAGCACCAGAACAGCGAGUACCAGCAGCUGCUGAAUGUCAAGGCCCGCCUGGAGCUGGAGAUCGAGACCUACCAACGCCUGCUGGACGGGGAGGCCGGGGGCAGCAUACUAGAUGCCAGUUCAUCUGUGACAGAGUCCAGGUCUCAAGCACAGUCAAUUGAUUCCUCCAAAGACCCAAGCAAAAGCCGAAAAAUCAAGACAAUUGUGCAAGAGAUGGUGAAUGGUGAGGUAGUCUCAUCUCAAGUCCAGGAAAUUGAAGAGCUGAUGUGA